AUGGGAAGUGGAGAUCAGAAAACUGUGAGAAACUUUCACCCAAACCUGCCUCGUCAUCUUCAGCAGCAUCACCAAGGGAAGAAGCAAGAGAUGAGAGAUGUGCCAAAAGGGUGUUUGGCGAUCAAGGUUGGUCAGGGUGAGGAGCAACAGAGAUUUGUGGUGCCUGUUAUGUAUUUCAACCACCCACUGUUCAUGCAGCUCCUGAAGGAGGCGGAGGAAGAGUACGGUUUUGAUCAGAAGGGGACAAUCACAAUCCCCUGCCAUGUGGAGGAGUUUAGGAACGUUCAGGGAAUGAUUGACAGGGAAAAGUCCCUUCAUCAUCGUCAUAUUUAG